AUGGAUGAGAGGCGAGAUCUUCGCAAGUUUCCCCGCGGGGAGAGAUGUCCAGAAUGUGGUGCUCGAAGGUGGUAUUUGGAGAAUGGUCUGCGCUUCUGCUCCAACGGACAUCAGGUUGAGGGAUUCAUUCAAUUCGACAUUGGUGAUGAUGUCGAUGCUGGUCAGCUUGGUAAAAAGACAAAAAAGGACAAGGAGGUCAAGGAAAAAGAGCUGCGCCAUCUUACAGGGCAAGCAGGCAAGAAUCUGUUUCUGGAAUGUCUACAGCUAGUGCUAAGGCAGCAGCUCCUUUGGCUCGUUCAGAGCAAAGGCCAUCGAGAAGAGCUUGAGACUGUCGUGCGCGAUCUGUGGGAUCUUCGCAUUCGAGGCUCUGGAGCAUUCCUGGCUGAGGAGGAAACACAACAAACGGGUGAUGGCCUUGCGAUAUUCAGUUCGCAGCCUACAGACACAGAAAAAGAUGACGUUCCUAAGAAGCAGAGUGCAAGAGCUCGUAGCUGGAAUCCAGAGGACAACCCAGGUUGGCCUGUGCCGAGAAUGAUUGAAACCUUGGCCUUGUGCUACCUCGGAUGCUUGUUGCUCAGGAUACCUACCACGAUUGGGGAGCUUUGCGCCUGGGCCAAUUCUAGACGAAUGCCUUAUAAACGAUCAUACUACGAUCUUCCCGAAGAAAUGCAAGAUCGACUGCCAUCUGCUUAUACCAGGGCCCUCAAAUUACCCCUGCGCUCUUCUCUCAGAGGCAUCGACAUGCACAAUGCUGUGCUAGAUCUCGCUCUCUCAUAUCAUCACAACUAUGGAAUGAUAUUCCCAGCCAUUAAUGAUACACCAACCAUUGUACACUUUGUCAGGCAGCUCACUUUACCAGUGGAAACGCUCAUCACAGCAAGAAGCAUACUAUCGGUGAUGAAGUUCUCUUUUCAAUUACCCAUUGAGCAGUCACGGCGAUUUCAUAUAGACUAUCCCGAGAUCUUGCUCAUGUCGGCUAUUGUGGUUGCAGCAAAGCUGUGCUUUCCGUUGGGACAACACGCCCCUUUUCUUCGCGCCGCUGGCACAGAGCAGAGUAUCAGAUUUGAUUGGAGAACGUGGUUCAAAGGCGCCCAAGAAUUAAUAGAAGCAUCUCAAACACCUGGGAAGGAGCCCAUCUUCAAUCAGGUUACCGCUGACCAAGUUACUUCAAUGGCCACAGAGGAGCUUGACCAGUACUUUGCUCAUAUUGCGAGCACGAUCGACAGGAAGAAUGAUUCGGAAAUCACCAGGUUCUUUAUAUCAGAGAAGGCACCUCCUCCAGAGGCUCCUCCAAGAGAAAACACUGAACAAGAUAAUGACGACAAGAUGCGGAAGAUCCUUGGUCAAGCAAUUACAGUAAGAGGAGAAGAGGGAUCAGAACAAGACGGGAAAACUCUAGCAGAACCAAGCUAUGAAGCGUUCCGUUCGGUCAAAGACCUUACAGAGACAGCGCAGGCAUUGUAUAAAGCUGCUGGUCACAUAUCAGGCCUGUCGCUUGAUGAAAUAGUGCAAGCAGUUUACAUGUUGGAGCAGAAGAUGAUCUCAUGGCAAUUGAAGAGACGCCAAGAAGAGCAAGGAGAGGAAGAGCAAGAAGAGGAAGUUGUUUGA